UCAUUUUCCCACGCGCUAGUCUCCAUCAAUCCCUCCUAUACAAACCCUAGUCCAGUUGCCGAUCAGUAUGAAAGCUUGCUCACUGCUUCAAUACACCCAGCCUCUUGCUGCAGGCUCGUGAUACAAACCCGAAACGCUAAUUUCUUGGGCUUGUUGAACCACCCCUGGUUUCUUUGAGCUUUGAAGGACCAGGGCUUGAAGGAUCUGAUCUUUAUAAUGGAGAAUGAAGGGACUGUGGGCCUUGACUGUAACUUUGAAUUGAAGGAGGUGCAGAAGCUCGAGGGUCACACUGAUAGGGUUUGGGGAUUGGCUUGGAACCCUGUUACUGGUCUUGCUGGGGUUCCUUCGGUGCUUGCUUCUUGUAGUGGAGAUAAGACGGUUAGAAUUUGGCAACAGGCUGCUGCAACUGGUUCAUGGGAGUGCAAGGCUGUUUUGGACGAAACUCAUACUAGAACUGUUAGGUCUUGCGCAUGGUCACCAUCUGGAAAAAUGUUGGCCACAGCAAGUUUUGAUGCCACAACUGCAAUAUGGGAAAAUGUUGGUGAUGAUUUUGAAUGUGUUGCUACAUUGGAGGGUCAUGAAAAUGAAGUUAAGAGUGUAUGCUGGAACUCAUCUGGUUCUCUGCUUGCAACUUGUGGUCGAGAUAAAUCUGUUUGGAUCUGGGAAGUGCAGCCUGGACAUGAAUUUGAGUGUGUGUCGGUUUUACAAGGACAUACACAAGAUGUGAAAAUGGUUCUUUGGCAUCCAUCAAUUGACCUUCUAGUUUCUGUUAGUUAUGAUAACACUAUCAAGAUUUGGGCAGAGGAUGGUGAAAGUGAUGACUGGCACUGUGUGCAAACAUUAGGUGAUUCAUUCAGUGGACACUCAUCUACCGUAUGGGCAGUAUCUUUCAACUCCACUGGGGACAAAAUGGUCACAUGCAGCGACGAUCUGACUUUAAAGAUAUGGGACACUUCCCUUGAUUUAACAGCGUCAGGCAGUGAUAGUUCUGGAUUAUGGAGGCAUCUUUGCACACUGUCAGGAUAUCAUGAUCGUACAAUAUUCUCAGUGCAUUGGUCAAGGGAUGGUGUCAUUGCUAGUGGAGCGGGGGAUGAUACUAUACGACUUUUUAAAGAGAUCCCUAGUGAUGUGCACCUGCAGGUUAAUGGUCCAUCCUAUAACAUGAUAUGUAAGAAAGAGAAAGUCCAUAGCAUGGAUGUGAAUUCGGUACAAUGGCACCCCAAGGUGCCCACAAUUCUAGCCUCAGCGAGUGAUGAUGGGUACAUAAAGAUCUGGGAAUUGAAAGCGAUAUCCUGAUUCCCAAUCUCUAUGGUCAUGUGCUCUUGUAUUUAUGUAUAUUCAGGAAAUGCUUUUUGCGGUCACUGUAAUUGCUGUCUUUGAAAUGGUGGUAUUGUCCCUCUGGGACGUGAGGUAUGAAAAGAGAUAAUGCGGCUUCUUUUUAUGGUCUUCAUUGGCGUAUUUGUACAUGCUUGGUUCCAAAGUCUGCUUCUUAUAUCUGAUCAUGUUGGACGAAAGUUUUCAAAAUUUCACACAUGCAUUCGCGUACAUCUAAUGUUUGUCUUAUCAAAGAACAGGUUUACCAGUAAAAUUUGUAAAAAGUUAUUUUACUUUGAUUACUCAA